GUUGUUUGGGGGGCCCCCAAACGUUGACAAAGCUUAAAUCAGAUAUUUUAUACAAGUUUUAAAACGUAAUGAAUUCUUCUAAAACUUUUACAUUUAGGACAUCAAGUUGGAAAAACACAUGGCAGGUGUUCUAUGUACAUUAUCAUUAUUGAAUGCUCAUUUGAAGGACUUCAGCGGUGAAAUAAAAGAUCCUUCUACUCUUAGUAAUUUAUAUGCAAGUUCAUUAACCAAAUUCUUAAACUAUGCUGCUGCUUUUCAAGCAAAUGAAGCGACUAUGUAUAGAUCAGCAAAAAAACUAGGAAUCGAAUCUUUCUUAAUCGAUCUUCGACAUCUUUGUGCGCAUGGAAAGCAGCAAGUUUCUCUCGAAGUCUUUCGGAGAAGUCUUCAAUAUUGCUUUGAAUGGAUUCGGAAAUUCUACUGGGAAAAGGAAAUAAAGAACAUUUCCGAUGCUGUAGCUGAGGAUGUUUGCUAUGAUUCUGUAUUGGUAGAAAAACUGAAGGAAUUAUUUCCAGUCUAUGACGCCUUCACUAAACUCGCACAUAACAAAAUUUUUUCAUUUGGUGAUGCAUCAGUAGACGAUCUUGAUCAGGAUCAAUGGUCAGCAAUAAACAAAUUUAAAAAUGGGCAUAAUUUCAACAGCGUUCUUCAAGGGCAUAAUAUUGUGACUUUGAAGUUGUCUAAAAUUAUCGAAUCGAGUCGAAUGCGAUUGAGUCCGAAAACCUUUUUUAAUGAAAUGUUUAAGUGGUGCAGAUUUCUGUUACGAUUUAAUGAACCUUUAGACAACAGAACUGAUGAAAAUGAUGGGAGUGAGGAGGAAUCAUCUCCAACUAAACGAAGAAAACGUGAUUCUAAUACAAUUGUCAAUUUGUUUCAGCCACUUAUUUGGCAUUUAGCAAAAAACGAUUUUCUAAAUGAAUUUAUUCAUCAUCUGAAUCACAUAAGUAUCAAUGAAAAAGAUGAUAUUUCUAAACGCAAGUCAGCACAGUUAUGGCUUAUGGUUAUUUUUGAAAGCUUUACAUACUAUCAAAACUAUUGCAAAUUUACCAACAAUAAUGGAAUUUGGGAAAAGAAAAUUACAAAUGACGUGAGAAAUAUUUAUAGUUAUCAGCUUGAUGCAGAUUUGAAGAAAGUUUUUAUUUUUGUUGGAACACAAAUGUUACCUUCAUCAUUGAAAUAUUCGAGAAGUUUCUUCACUAAUAUACUAAAUAACGUAGACAAAGAAAAUGAAGAUAUUUGCUUUAGUCUUCUCCCUUUCAUUUACCCACCACUCAGUUCAGAACAAACCGAAAAAAUUAUUGCUCUCAUUAAAAUUAAAACCACAGAUAUUCGAUCAAAGAAAAUUUCAAGCGAGAACAUUUUCACAGUUGAAGAUCUUUUUUCUUCUUCUGUUUCUAAAGCAGAUAAAGAUUCAACAGAAAUUAAGGAUAAUAUCAUAUGGGAGAAAUCUUCAGAUAACAUUGAGUGGAGCACGCAUCCCAUUGGAGGGGAAUUCCUAGCAUUUUGA